UAUCUUCUCUUUUCCUCCAAAGUAAAAACCCUUUUUAUCUGUUUUAAUCCUAAACCCCAACAAUCCUAGUUCCAGGCUUUCAACCGCCAAUGCAUACAUCAGAACAACCGCAAACGCCGACGUCAGAACCAUCUGGACCUCAACCACCGCAAACACUCCUCAACUUAAUCACAACUGUUCUCUCUCUCCUCCUCCUUUCUUCCCUCACCGUCCGCUCUUUAUUCGGCCGGUGGCAAGUCCUCCGGUCAAAGCUUUGCACUCUCCAAUCAUCUCUUUCCUCCAUCUCUGAAUCUCCUCACUGGGAUGACAACUCCUUGCUUCACACUCUUUUCCCUUCCCUUCUCUCCACUCUCCAACGUUUAAAACCUCUCUCCGAUCAAUGCACUCUCUCUUCCUUCACCGGCGGCAAACUCCUCAUGCAAAGCGACCUCGACAUUGCUUCCUCUUCUCUCUCUACCCAUCUCCAUGACCUCGAUUUGCUUCUCAGAUCUGGCGUUCUUCACCAAUCCAACUCCAUCAUUUUGUCUCACCCGGGACCUGGCUCUGAUAAAGAUGAUUUGGGAUUUUUCAUUAGGGAUGUCUUCACCCGACUUCAGAUUGGAGGUAUCGAGUUCAAAAAGAAAGCUUUAGAAUCACUCCUUCAGCUUCUCAACAAGGACGAGAAAUCUACUGCUGUGGUUGCUAAAGAAGGAAACAUUGGCUAUUUGAUAAGUCUUCUCGAAGUUAACAGCCAACCUUUGAUUCGAGAACAAGCUGUUUUAGCAGUGUCGAUGUUGGCUUCUUCAAGCCAACAUUCGAGAAAAAUCAUCUUCGAAGAGGGAGGAUUAGGGCCUUUAUUAAGAAUCCUCGAAACAGGUUCCAUUUCUUUAAAAGAAAAGGCCGCCAUUGCUGUUGAAGCAAUCACCGCCGAUCCCGAAAACGCCUGGGCAAUUUCAGCAUACGGGGGGGUGUCGGCCUUGAUAGAAGCUUGCCGAUCUGGCUCCCAACCAAUCCAAACCCAUGCGGUUGGCGCUCUUCGAAACGUGGCUUCUGUAGAAGAUAUUCGACUGGCUUUGGGUGAAGAAGGCGCGGUUCCUGUUUUAGUCCAGUUAUUAGUCUCUGGUAACACCGCUGCCCAAGAAAAAGUAGCCCAUUGCCUUUCUAUACUGGCUUCUUCUGGUGAAUAUUGUGGCGCUUUGAUUAUACAAGAAAAAGGAUUGCCAAGAUUGAUGCAUAUGAUUCAAGAUUUAUCAAAUUCAGAUACAAUCGAGCAUGUUCUCCGUACAAUCUGUUCCCUUUCGGUAACGGAUUCCAAUUUACAGAUUUUAUCGUCUUCAACAACCACCAUUAUCCAAUUGGGUGAAUUUAUCAAGCACGGAAACAUGAUUUUACAACAGAUUUCAGCUUCUCUCUUAUCGAAAUUAUCAAUUAGUGAGGGAAACAAGCGAGCAAUUUCUAGUUGUAUGGGUUCUUUGGUAAAGUUAACGGAAUCUCCAAAGCCAGUGGAGUUACAAGACGCGGCGGGGCAAGCCAUUGUUUCGCUACUGACUGUCCGGUCAAAUAGGAAGGAGCUGGCUAGAGAUGAGAAGAGUGUGAUGAGAUUGGUGCAGAUGUUGGAUCCCAAAAAUGAGACUGUUUCUAAGAAGUACCCGUUGAUGGUGGUGACAGCGCUGUUGGCUGGAGGAAGCGGAGAUUGUAGGAAAAUACUAGUGGCUGCCGGAGCCAAUAAGCAUCUCCAGAUUCUGACGGAAAUGGAAGUCGCUGACUUGCAGGGAUUACACUCGAGAGCAUUUUCAGCAGGACUUGGAGGGAAUAACCAGAAAAGAUACUAAUCCCCGCCGAGGAACAAGUUGGUGGAUGAGAUGGAAAAUGCAACCAACCAUAAACAGUCAUUUUUCUUAAACUUUAAUUAUAAAAUACUAAUAUUAUAUUGUGACCAAAAAGACAUGGAUACGAUUUUAAGGAGUAUCCUCGAUUUGUUUGUUUUUCUUUUAUUUAU